AUGCUGCCUCUACAUCAAAAAGACAAUGGCGCUCCGACGACUCGGCAACAGGCCGUCGCCGAGCCCGCGAGCUCCCGAGUGGUUGCCAAGCCGGUGCCCAAGGCCCAGCUGGAAGAUCCUCGCGGCUACCAGCUCGGCCAGGUCCGGAAGCGCUACUCCCCCAAAGAAACCACCAACCCAGACGGCAGCACAUCUCUGGCGUUUAGAAUGAGCCCGUCGGACCCGGAUUUUCCCUUUGAGCUGGCGCAGUUGCAGUGCGAUCUGCUUGUGCCCAAGGGCUACCCCGCCAAGCGACCGCUGCUGCGCGUCACCAACAAGGAUAUUCCCAGAGGCUUCAGCAUCAACGUUGAAAAGGGCUGGGAUAAGCUUGUGGAGGACCGAAAAGGUUCUACUUUGCUAUCACUGCUCAAGGCUUUGGACAAGAAUCUGGAAAUUUUCUUGUCUGAGCAAAAGGUCGACACCAUCAAACUGGUCACGUUCAAGGAUACGAGGCAUCUUCAGCAAGUGCCGUUGGAUGCGCAAAAACCCGCGGCCGUGGCAAAGUCAGCGGCACAACCAAUCGCCGUUUCCAAACCUCCAACACCGAGACCUUAUGUCCCAGAGAAGAAGCACUCUCGGGAAGAAAUUGCGGUUGCCAAGGAACGACGAGCGCAAGAGGUGCGCCAGCUCGAGGCGCGCAUGGGGAGACUCCCUCUAUAUCGGCGCUCUGCAGAUGGCGUUGUGUUUACUCUGCCCUUGGAGCCGAAAAAGAGGGCGGCUUUGCCCGAAGGUCUCCGCUCGGUCAACAACAUUCACCUCAUUGUCCCCCUGCUCUACCCGCUGCAGGAUAUCCGAGUACAGCUCAACGAAGCCGACGCCGAGGACGCGGAGCCUGUCGAGGAUUUAUUUGUGCAGAGGGCGGCAGGCCAGAAACAGAUGAACCUAAUGGGCCAUGUCAACUACCUUGCACAGAACCUUCACCUCCUGGCCAAGAUGGCGCAGCUGAAUGCGGUCAAGGCUGAGAUGCCCCAGCCGCUAGGGGACGAGCCGGAGGCGGCAAAGGAUCAUGGUCCUGUUGGCGAAUUUGACACUGAAAAGAGUCAUAUCCAGUACAUCCAACGACCCCUCGAGUGGAGCAUCGGAAACGACAGCGGGAGCUCAGAGGAAGAGGAGGGAACCAGCAGUUCGGACGAUGGUGGCGUCGAGCUAGAAAAAAAUGAAGAGAGAUUAUCUAUUUCCGUCUUAGAUGCGCCCGAGCAUGGAACCAUGAUUUCUUUCCCGUCUAUCGAGCUUCAUGGUCUCGAGCUUCUACAGGUCUCGCUCCUCAGCCUGACCAUCAAGUGCGACCGCUGCCGCACGCUGAACGACUUGACUGGAAUCAAGCCGGGUACCGAAAAGGCCGGAAGCUGCAAAAAGUGUGCCACUACAUUCUCUGCCAAGUACAAUCCCCAAUACGUCCACGCGCAUUCGUCCCGGGCUGGCUUCAUCGACCUGUCUGGGUGCAAGGUGGCCGACAUGUUACCGAGUACAUUUAUCCCGACAUGCGAGCGCUGCUCGACGCCCGGUCACGGCCUCGUCUCGGUCCGUGGCGAGACGGUGACAAACGUGUGCCGCGAGUGCCACGCCAAAUUCACCUUUGCACUCCCCGACGUCAAGUUCCUCUUCAUCACGCCCGGCACGCUGCCGCCGCCCACGUCGGGCCCGAAGCGCAAGACGGAGAAGCUCGGCCUGCACGCGGGGGAGCCGCUGCCGCGCCGCGGUGCGUGCGUGCACUACCGCAAGUCGUACCGGUGGUUCCGCUUCUCGUGCUGCCACAAGGUGUACGCCUGCGACCGGUGCCACGAAGAGGCCGAGGACCACGCCAACGAGUGGGCCAACCGCAUGAUUUGCGGCUGGUGCAGCCGGGAGCAGCACUACGCGGUGGACGAGUGCAGGUUUUGCGGCCGCGGGGUGGUUGGGAAGAGGGGCACGGGCUUCUGGGAGGGUGGCAAGGGGACGAGGGACCAGCAGAUGAUGAGCAGGAAAGAUCCGCGCAAGUAUAAGCGGAUCGGGACGCAGCCUGGUGCCAGCAAGUCGUAA